AUGCCAGCAGACGUAGACGAGUGUGCGCAUGACGAUCUGAACAACUGCAGUCAAAUCUGCGUGAACAGGGAACCGCAUUUUUCGUGUCUCUGCAGGCCGGGAUACACGUUGCAAGAAAACGGAGUCGGCUGCGACAGUAAGACACGUCUUCUUUGUAUAAAGCAAAUGUUAGAUAUCGAGGAGACUUUUGCAGAUAUUAACGAAUGCGAAAAGUAUCGGCCGUGUCAUCAAGUGUGUCGCGACGUCGACGGUUCGUUCUCUUGCAGUUGUCACGACGGAUUUCAUCUGGAUGACGACGACGUGAAUUGUCUAGCAAACAACGAGACGCAGUGCAAGGGAUCUUCGUGUGAGCAGCUUUGUUACAGACACGGCGAUGUAGAGACGUGUAGUUGUCUGAUGGGAUAUCGACUCGACGAGAACAACGCGUCGUGUUCUGAUAUCGACGAGUGCGAUGAAAAUAUGAAAAAUUGCGAUCAUCGAUGCUCCAACAAUGAAGGAUCUUUUGAGUGUGAAUGUGACGAUGGUUAUCGCCUCGGCAAAGACGGACAUUCAUGCGAAGAUGUGAACGAAUGCUUGAACGCCGCCACAUGCGCUGACAUCGACGGCCACAUCUGCGAGAACGUUAUCGGAUCAUUUCGGUGUUCGUGUCCGUCGGGGACGCACGUGGUCGAGAAGAAAUGCGUUUGUAUGCUUUCCUUGUAUAACUAG